CACGUUAACCUCCGCCUGGAGAUGUAAUCAUGGAGCGAAUGUGCCUUAAAAACUGUCAAAUAUUUACUUUAUUUACAGACACAACCCGAGGAUAAAACGAAGUAGGGAGCUCUCGGUGCUGAUGGCCACUCAGGCCUGGAUGGACUCAUCGCUGCGUUGCUCUUCCCGGCUCGCGCUCCAGGUGCUGGAGCGAGCGCGCGCGAGGCGCGUGCACUGGCCGCGCGUGACUGGAGCCUCGGAGGUGCUCCGGGCGGAGGAUGCACGAAGGAGAUGGGGCAGUUCACACCCGAGGCAGUCCGGGAGCGAGCAGGUGGAGGAGUGGUGCACAGGCACCGGCGUGAGAGAUGCUUUUGGCACCUUAAUGGAACUGAUGGCACACACCACGGAUGAAUGUAAGAGAUUCUACACGUCAGUGCCUCCCCACGGGCCCAGUGAGCGUGAAGCAAAGCACAUCUGCAGGUACCAUUCGCAGGAGCAUCCUCAGAUGUCGAGACGUGUGAGACACGUGGAACGGCCCAGGACCCCUGAAGACUUCCACAUUGAAGUGCCUCCAGGUACUUACGCAGUUACAGCUGGUGCUGAGGGUGCUGGUCAGCAGACCCAACUGGUGCGGGUCGGUGUGGGAGAGAGCGUGAACCUCACGUUCCACCUCUGACCUCUGUGUGAGUUCUCACUGUCAGUAAUGAAAAGACUGAGUGAAAUAUUUUAUCUAUGCACUUUCAUUUUUGGGGGUUACUUUGGACCCACCUCAUUGCCAUGCACAUUGUUGCUUUAUUUGAUGUUUUGCCUUUUUUUAAAAAGCCGUACAUAUUUUUAAAAAUGCACAACACCCAUUGAGAAGUCUGAAUUUUUUCUGCUUGGGAAUUUGAAGUAAAUGUUUAACUGCAGUAUGUCAAUGAACUUCAGAACAAUUUUACUUUUGUAAUAAACUUUAAAUGAAAAGGU